AUACUGUCGUUUUGUUUUCCUUAAUGAAGGUAAGUCGUUACGACGACAGUUGAUAGACCCAGAGAAGCGACGGACGUUUCUAACCCAUGGAUCUUUUGAUGGAUUCGAUCAUCAUCGAGCUUUAAUCCAUCGAAACGACUCCAAACAGGUUCCAAGUAAUCCUAUGGUUGAAAAGAUCGAUAUUGAAGAUCUAGGAGGAAAUGAGGAGCUGAUGUUUGUAAAAUUUUUUCAACAUUUCCAUUGUUAUGACAUCAUUCCAAUUAGUGCCAAGCUGGUAGUGUUUGAUACUCAACUACUGGUGAAAAGAGCUUUUUUUGCCCUAGUUGAAAAUGGAGCUAGAGCUGCUCCACUAUGGGAUAGCACUAAACAUCAAUUUGUUGGUAUGUUAACAAUAACAGACUUCAUCCAUAUUCUAAGGACAUAUUACAAGUCACCUUUAGUUCAUAUGGAAGAAUUAGAAGAACAUAAGUUGGAGACUUGGAGAAAUGUCUUGGAGACAAAAGUAAAGCCUCUGUAUAGUAUUGGACCUGAAGCAAGCCUAUACGAAGCCAUAAAAACACUGAUUCAUGAGAAAGUUCACAGACUUCCCGUGAUAGAUCCUCUAACUGGAAAUGUGCUGUAUGUUCUGACACAUAAACGAAUCCUUAAGUUCCUCUUUCUCUACAUGUCUGACCUCCCAAGUCCAAGUUACCUCAGUAAAACUUUAAAGAAUCUAAAAAUUGGAACGUAUGAAAACAUUGCUACGAUCAAAGAGAGUACUCCAGUCAUUAUGGCCCUGAAUCAAUUCAUAGAGAGAAGGGUUUCAGCUUUACCCAUAGUGAAUGACAAAGCAAAAGUAGUGGAUAUAUAUGCAAAAUUUGAUGUCAUUUAUCUGGCAGCUGAGAGAACUUAUAAUAAUCUGGACGUAACUGUGAAGAAGGCAUUACAGUACAGAUCUGAGUGUUUCGAAGGAGUACUGAAGUGUAAAGUAGACGACACACUUAAAGCUGUUCUGGAAAAGAUGGUAGACUCUGAGGUGCACAGGCUAGUUAUUGUUGAUCAGGAAGAUCGUGUUGUUGGGAUCAUUUCACUUUCAGACAUCUUGAAGUUCCUCGUUCUCCAUCCAGCAGGUGAGAAAACAAAGUUGUAAAAGGAAGAAUACCCAUCCCACGGAAGUUACACUGAGUAAAUAUUCUCGAGAAAUGA